AGCAGUGGCUGCCGAGCUGUGCCCUCACAAUGGGCGCAGAAGAGAUGCAGACGGUACUGCUGUGCCAGAAGCCGAUCGGAUGCAACGGAGGGGAGGGGAUGAUGCACAGGUGGCCGGGACGGUGGAGAUGACGCCCGGACGAGAGGUUCCGGACACCACGAAUUGCAACGUCACCUCGGGUUCGGCGAAGAAUGCAAUCGAAGGUUCAAUCUAGAUUGCACGAGGGGGAUGAAGAGAAGAGAACACAGGAGAGGAGAGGAGAGGAGGGGAGGGGGUGGUGCUUUGGCAGGUCGAGUCCAGACCGCGCGGGGUCCCGACCGCUUCCCGAACGGAGCUGCGCUGCGACUUCAUCAUCGAGUGCUGCUGUCACUCUUCACCCUUCGCUUCUCCCUCCCACCUCUGCUUGCUCUUCGCCAUCUUCCUCCCAUCCUCCGAUCAGACUCCCCUCACAAUGACAGGCCGCAAACCCCGCCGACAAAACAACAACAAUAACAGCAACAACAACCACCACCGUCGUCAUCUCAGCCAAGGUGUUCCUCAACCCUCCGACUACGAAUCCGACUUCCAGAACUACUUCUCCGACACCCAGCAACUUCCCGAUCAGCAAGAACCCUCUAUGCCCCCUCCUCUCCGCUCCAACGAGGAGCUGAAUCUUUCCGUCCUCCGCCGCCACAACCCUUCCAUCACCUCCAUCCUCUCCCUCGCCCAAUACUCCGUCGUCUACAUCUUCAGCCCAACCUCCCGACAAUGGGAAAAGAACGGCAUCGAAGGCUCGCUAUUCGUCUGCCAACUGACACAAGGCGCCCUAGGUGAGGAGCGAUACUGCGUAUUCGUUCUCAACCGCCGGGGCCUGAAUAACUUCGAUCUUCUCCUCACCGACGGCGACAACGUCGAGAUCACCGAAGAAUACAUCAUCCUGAAAUCCGACUACGAUCCCGACAACCUAGAGACCGGUGGUGCUGCGGGCAACGGCACCAAUGAAGCUAGCAAGCCCGGAAAUAACAGCACCAACGUCCGCAUCUACGGUCUCUGGAUCUAUUCCGAGCCGCCGCCUAAUUCGACGGCCGAGACACGCACCAUCAACGCGCAGAUGAUUCGCGAAUGCGCUACCCACGCCGGACAGAGUAUGAGAUUGGCGCGCGAACGACUGGAAGCGACGCAUCAGAAUGGACUGCAUGCUGCUGCUGCUGCCGCCACCGCGGCCUCUGUGACCGCGCCUCCGCUGCAAGAGGUGCAGUCAAGUGUGCCGAUGGGUCGGCAGAUCUCUCUCAAGGACCUCUUUGGGCAGCAGCGGACGCAGGAUGAUGAGUGGAGUGUACGGGCACAUCAGCUUGGACCGGGUGAGUGGCAGCAACCGCCGGCGGCGGGGAUGCCUAGCGCAGGCGCAGCACCGGCGCCACAGCAGGAUGUGUUGGGGGAUCUGUUUCGGAGGGCUGGGCUAGCGUAUCAGGGGGGUCAGUAGUGCGGCGCUACUGGCUCUUUGACAUGAUUCUUCCCUGUUGAUCUUCGUCACGAGAUACCCAUGAGCAUACAGCUAUACAAUCUUCACCAUUAUUCUCU